AUGACUCUAGACAACCCCUUCUCCGAGGAAAUUACAAACUUCAAGAUGUCGAAGAAUUUUGUGUUGCCCAACUCUCUGGAGCCUUAUAAGGGGAUUGGUGACCCCCAAGCUCACAUUAAAAAAUUCCAAUCUAUGAUGUUCUUUAAUGGCACUAAUAAUGAACCUAUACUUUGUCGUUCUUUUCCCACUUACCUUGAUGGUGCUGCUUUACUUUGGUUCUCUAAAUUAUCUGCAGGAUCAAUUUCAUCCUUUGAAGAUCUGGCAAGGUAUUUUAUAGACUACUUUGCCGCCUCAAGGAUAUACGUUCAUAGAUCAGAUUACCUCGGGACAAUUAAGCAAGGGCAACACGAAAGCCUCAAAUAUUAUUUAACCCGAUUUGCCGAGGUCACCAUGGACUUGGACCCCAAAGUCCACCUGCACGCGCUUAAAACUGGCCUCAGACCUGGAAAAUUCAGAGAAACAAUUGCAAUUACCAAACCCAAGUCGCUCGAGGAAUUCCGAGAAAGGGCUGCAGGCCAGAUGGAGAUCGAGGAAUUACAAGAAGCCCAAAAAGUGGACAAACAGCCGACGAGAAGAGAAGAAGAGAAGACAUUCAAACCGCCGAGCAAGAAAGAACAAAAGAAGCCUUUCAAGCUCACACCAAAAUUCGAUACCUACACCAGGUUCAAUACAAGAAGGGAAAACAUAAUCAAGGAGAUCCUCAACGCAAAAAUAGUCAAACCUCCAGCUAGAGCAGGAAACUAUCAAGAUCAACGAUUUGUUGACAGAAGCAAGCACUGUACUUUCCACCAAAAGUAUGGACAUACAACGGACAAAUGCGUAAUAGCCAAAGACCUGUUGGAAAAGCUCGCCAUAGACAAAACAAGUAGGCCAGUCGCCCAGAAAAAGAGGAACCUCGGAACUGAAAAGAUGAAAGCAGCCCUUGCAGAGACCAAGAAGCUCCUCAACGUCGGCUUCAUCAAAGAACUCCGCUUCACCACAUGGCUCUCAAAUGUGGUAAUGGUAUGGAAAAACUCAGGUAAAUGGCGCAUGUGUGUCGACUUUACAAACUUAAACAAGGCAUGUCCCAAGGACGCUUAUCCUCUACCUUGCAUUGAUAAACUAGUAGAUAACGCCUCUGGAUUUAAAAGCUUAAGCUUCCUGGAUGCAUACUCUGGUUAUAACCAGAUCCUCAUGCAUCCAGAAGAUCAAAACAAAACGGCUUUGAUAACAGAGCACGGAAAUUUUUGUUAUAAAGUUAUGCCAUUUGGCCUUAAGAAUGCAGGAGCAACAUACCAGUGA